UAUCCUUUUGCCUUCCCAGUGCAAAAUUCGCCGAUUCUCUCCAGACACAUUACACACCUACCUACCUUCCUCUGUCCAUCUUGAACAUCAACAAAAAGGAGACGAGAUUUCCCGAAUAUUAGCUUACCAUGCCGAGAGUAGCACUCCAUUAUGGAAGCCUCGAACACAAAGAUGCCUGAGAAGCGGAUAUUCUCAUAUGCCGAUGCCGUUCGCGGACGGAAAGCCGCGUCGGCAAAGGAGCCUCCGGACCACCCGGGGGAAGACGCGCCUCCACGACAGCAAACACUCCCCGAUGAAGCCACACAUGACCAGGCAGGACCGAGCAGGGCAGUAGCCAUGAAUCGAGAACCGACUCCCCUCGAGGCAAGCAAGGCCGAUUUGACUCUUAAGGAGGUAAGACACUGCGAAUCUUUCCCGGACGUCAAACUAAAUUCGAGUCAGGUCACCGCUGAGGAUAUCAAGCCUCACAUAUCCAGUGACGGAGCUGCCAAUAUUUCCCAAAAUUUGGGUCAAGACUGCGAACCAUCCAGUAUUCCAUGUCCAUCAGCUGCAGCUAUGAUGAAGUACAGAAAAUACCCCGAUGGUAGGAAGGUGGCCAACAGGAAAACUUGGGCGGAGGUCGCGUCCCCUCAAAGGAAGAAACCCGAACCCAAGGGUAAGGGUCCAGACAUGGGAAACGAUGCCGAGCCAGGAUCUUCUGGUGUCGUGUCCGAGGAAAGCACCCAAGGCGGAGCAGCCGAUGUCAAUACCCUCCCCGUCGUCGAGGAAGCGAAAAAUGACAAUCAGCCCCCUGGGACAGUUGAUCCAGAACUCGACGCGAAGGUCGAGCAGGCCAUCGCCAACGCGAUCGAGACGCAGAAGCGCAAGCAAGCGGAACGGAAAGUUGCCAUGAUGCGAGCCUUGUCCCGGGGCAAUGCCAUGUAAGUUUUGACGCGCUUACCACGUCGCCACGUCGCUCCCAUGACUGAUCCGAAAUCCAGCUUGUGGGAGAGACAGUUCGGCUGGGAUGUCCUCAUCAUAUGCGACGGCAUGACUUGGAAGGUCCAUCGGAACAUCCUCAUCAGCGAGUCGAGUUACUUUGCCGAGAGACUGCCUCCCCCUAACGACGUGAGACACUCAAUCCACGUCAUACCUG